AAUUCAGGCUGUGGCACAUUGAAUAGAGCCUGUGAAAGACUAUAGCUUUCGAAAAGCUAACGAUUGGAUUUAUAGCGAGCUUCUUACCACGGUGAAAAGACAAGCUGAUGUGAGAAAGGAGAUAUGUCCGUUACGGGAAGGUGCCGUUUACCCCAUCUCCUGGUUCUUCUUGCAUUUGUUUUCAGUGGAGAGAAAAGCCAGGCACAAAGAGCAGGUUGCAAGAAUGUACACUAUGACCUCGUUUUCAUCUUGGAUGCCUCCUCCAGCGUUGGAAAAGAAGAUUUUGAGAAGGUUCGACAGUGGGUGUCCAAUUUGGUGGAAACUUUUGAGAUCGGCCCAGAUAAAACCCAUGUAGGUGUGGUGCGGUACAGUGAUAGGCCAACCACGGAGUUUGACCUGGGAAAGUACAAAACUCGUCAGGAAAUCAAAGAAGCUGCACGAAAAAUUAAGUAUUAUGGGGGUAACACAAACACUGGAGAUGCUCUUAGGUACAUCAACAGUUACAGUUUUUCCAAAGAAGCAGGUGGGAGACUUAGUGACCAAACUGUUAAAAAGGUGGCUAUCCUUCUGACGGAUGGAAGAAGCCAGGACUAUGUCUUAGAUGCAGCCACCGCAGCCCAUCAGGCUGGGAUUAGAAUCUUUGCUGUGGGUGUUGGUGAAGCCUUAAAAGAGGAACUGGAUGAAAUUGCUUCAGAACCCAAGUCUGCUCAUGUGUUUCAUGUUUCUGAUUACAAUGCCAUUGAUAAAAUUCGAGGGAAGUUGAGAAGACGUCUUUGUGAAAAUGUUCUAUGUCCAAAUGUCCAUGUGGAAGGAGACCGAUUCAAACACACCACUGGGGAGACUGAUGAGAUUCCAG